AUGGCGUCCCUGUUGGCCGAGCCGCUAAUUUGCGGCUCGUUGUUGGCUACGAAGGUCACGUUGCGCUUUCCUUUGACCGUUUUCAGCCAGCCCGAGUCGCGUACUGGGAAGGAUUUUGUCAAGACCGAGGCACCGGAGAGCGAUUUGGCUCCAUCUGCCGAAGGUCAAUCGCAACGGAGUUUGAGUUCGUCUCCCAGGGCUUCGAAUUCAGAUGAUGCCAACAGGCAAUCAAGUGAAGAUUCUACUGGGGAUGAUUCAUCGGCAGAGGCAUCUUCAGAGCAGUUCGCUGAGGUCCACGUACUAGUGAAUUGCGGGUGGUCACUCGACUUCGAUCAGGAGAGCAUUGCACUCCUGAAGCUACAUGCCAAGGACGUGGAUGUUAUCGCAAUAACGGAUGGAGACUUUCAGCAUGUUGGCGCGCUUCCAGUUAUCUAUUCGUGGUUACACGGCAUACGCGGUGACUCCGGUAUGCCGCCGGUGUUGUGCACGGAGGGGUCUUACAAGUUCGCUCGGGCGUGCCUCGUUGACGUUCUGGAGAACGCCACUUUUUCUUACAAGUUUGAGGAUUACGGGAUGUCCGAUCUAGAUUUUCUGUAUUCCGGUUGUUGCAAGUUGCGUUACCACGAAAGUUAUCAUCUCACCAAGUCGACGGAUGACUGGACCGUACAUACCGCUUUUUUGCCGUUGAACAACGGGGUGUCCAUCGGAGGGUCCGUUUGGAAACUGUCAGUGGGACCACGCAGCAUCGUUUGUUGUCCGACCUACCGCGUUCAGUCGUCGUGGUACUUGAAUGGCUGCGACAUCGGCUCACUAGAUAGUGCUGACAUCUUCGUCACUCACGAGCAGCCCAAGCUGGCUGACAGCUCCCAAUCACCGCAGCCAUCGGAGUGCAAAAACAUGCAAGCUAUCUUAUCGGUUGUUGCGGGCACUCUGCGUUCCAACGGUUCGGUGUUGAUCCCCAUGGAUGUCGAUACGCACAUAAUUGACUUGUUGUUACACUUGAACGCCGUGUGGGAGAACAGCGACCUGCAACAGUUUCCCAUAGUCCUGGUGUCUCCGAUUGCGGGCAAGAUGGUUUUGUUGUUCGCAACGUGCCUGGAAUAUAUGAGGGCUGGUAUAUGCCACAACUUUUUGCGCACCAUGUGGAAUCCGAUUUUCAAUAUGAAGUACAUACACCCAGUCUCAACCCUAGAGGAGCUCCGGAGGUUCUCAAGCAUGCCAUGCGUGUUCAUCUCCACGUGUAGUUCGUUAUCGUUCGGAGUCACCAGCUACCUCUUCGCCGCGUUGUGCUGUUAUGAGCGCAACACCGUCAUAUUUACUAGCGAAUCGCCGGAAGUGAGCGCUUUGAUGAUGCAGUAUCGCGAUCGAGGCACCAUAGACCCUCUAGCCGGUUUGCAGCACGACUUCACCCUCCGUCUCAACCUUGAGCCGCCCGAGGAAACGGAUGCUGCCGAUAUGGGUAAGUUAAACUCCGGUUCACGCAACAAUUCAAUUUGUGUAGAUUCUGUAGACGAGGCGCACAGCCCAGUUGGCCCAUCGGCUGUCGGAUCUGGUGACGUAGUCAUGGACGCUUUUGGCGACGAGUUGGCCACCGAGUUCUUGUUUAAGAAUAGCCGCAAUUUUUCCGUUCAUAACGGAUACGUCAGUUACAUGCCACCUACUGUAAUGAGAGAUGACAUCGAGAAUAGCAAUCAGCACGUCGACGAGAAUCUCGACUACGGCAUCCCCUAUACGUCUGUAGCCGCCGCAGAGCUGGACCAGAACAUUGCGCCCUCAUCGGCCGCCGUUUAUGCUGAGGAACAGGAGGAGAGUGCUCAUGAGCCCGACGCUUUUUCGGGAAUUGAGCAGAACCCGUUUAAUGCGUAUUACAUGCAACACGUUGAGAAUUCCGCCGUUGGGGGGAUUAUUUUCGACGGCAAAGGAGAGAACGAUGCAGCUUCCGAGGUGCAAUCUAAUGCGGCGGUUUCCAAGCUGGUUGUCAAAAGGCUUCCCUUGGUGAUAAAAAGUGGUUUGUACAUUACGCGUCACUUCAGCCACUUCCACCCACGCUGUGAGUUGGUAUCACUGUUGCGCAAGAUCCGCCCUCGAAACAUCGCCUUGCUUCCACGCACGAGUGACGUGGGUGGAUUGGCUCAUGCGGAGCGGACCGUUCGUGAGGCGGUACCAAGUUGCGGUGCCGUUCACAGUUUCGACAGCGCUCUACCGUGCAACCACGAAACGUAUGUUAAGGGUAAGGGAUCGUUGGAUCGGCGGUUGCGCAUUCCGCUGGAUGUCCGCCAGGAGUAUGUUAACCGUUCGGGCACGUUGCUUGCAGCGGGGCAGCUUAUAAGGGAUUUCCACGGCGCCCGCGUUACGCCGGCAGACAAGCGUGCUGAAGGGAAUUCACGCAUUGAGCGGCUGAUGUCGGUACUAUCGUCUAUUGAUGCGUGGAAGCGCCACAACAACCCACGGCAGGUAUAUCAGGCUAUAGUUCGUUUUGACUGCUACGCGGGAGAAACCAGCUCCAGAGGGGAAAGUGUGUUGCGCUGUUCGUCUUUCUGGUCAAAGCGGCCUUCGCAGAUUCCCAGGCUGUCCAUGUGCCUGCCUGGUGAUUCUGCGUCAGCAACAUCAGGGCCAUCUACGGAUGACAGUGAGAGAGUUGGCGGCGCUGCCGGAGACCCGGAUUCCAUGGGUGUUGACUCAUCACUGACCAUCUCAAGCACCCAGACAGCAUCGGAUGCAUCGGACGCGGUGUUAAGCCACUCGCUGCGUCACAGCGUAUACACGGGUAACGUCGGCAUGCCCACGCUCGUGCAGUACUUCGAGGAGUGUUUGCCCGAAUGCUGCAACCUCGGUGGCGGCGUGCUGACCGUAAACGGGAGCGUACAACUAUCUCGUUCGGACGUCCGUUACGGCGUCCAACGGUGGAACGUCCGGGGAACGCUGGACCCGGCCUUCUACUUCUCCCGCAAGAUGCUCAGAAAGUUGCAUAAUCGCAUCGAACCCUUGUACUAG